AGUGACUACGUGUCUCCAUUAUUUUGUAAAAUGUGCACUGUGACAACCAUUUUCUCAGGGACUUUAGUGCAUGGAAUUGGCUUCAGAAAAAUGUAUCCACCCGGGGAGACACAAGAAAAAUAACCGUGCAUCCUGUUAGUAACAAGCCUGUCGAUCACAUGACCGCUCAUCAUAUGCUGUGGUGGCGGUACGCCCAGCUGUUCUAGCAAUCAUGGCGCUGCGCUGUUCCCCGACUGCCCUACCAGACUCAGUGGCCGCUGACAUACAAAAUAUGAGGCAGCUUUCACAGGAGCAAGUUUCCCGGCUAUGUAAAGUGAUUUUUUCCUUUCUAAAAGAACAAAAAGAGGUAGAUCAGUUCACUAUUCAGCUGGAAGACUUUGUCAAAGAUAAUGGGAUCAGCUUGGGUCCUUUGAAAAACAUAGUGAGGAGUGUCCUGCUUGUUCUGAAUGGUGCAUUGAAAAGGAACUUGAAGUCUAAGGAACUGCAAGCUGACUUGAUUGUCUUGGGGCUGGACGAGGAAAAAGCUGGAUGUUUUGCAGACGAGUGGAGCAGUGACGCGGCUGUACUCACACAUCUAGCUGUUGGAAGGACACUCAAUAUUAACCAGCUGGUGGACAUGGAGUGGAAGUUUGGUGCAAGCAGUGAACUGGAGAAAGCUGGAAGUAUUUUUCUACAGCUGAAGAUGGUUAUUAAAAGAGGUCACCAGCUGGAGCCGGUCUAUGUAGAACUGACCCUGCCUCAGUUCUACAGUUUUCUGCAUGAGAUGGAACGUGCUAAGAGCAGCCUGGAAUGCUUUACGUGAUGAGCUGCCACGGGCGUGUGAUGGACUGUGUCUCUGUAAGCUGUGCCUACCUUUAUAAUCACAUUAGUACAUAAUGUACACCGACACUCGUCUGGUAAAUUGUUGUUUUAUAGAUAAUUCAUGUCAUUACAUUGUACCACAAAUAAAGCAUUUUGUAUAUCUUGUUUUUUUUUACAACA